UUUCAUUUGUCCUUUUCCAGAAUCAAAAUCAAAAUCAAAAUCAAAUCAAAAUCAAAAUCUAUUUCCAAACGCACGCUAUCUUUCUCGCCCUCUCUCUGUCUUUCCAUGGCUUCUUAAAAAUUGAAGGCCGAGUUCAUUAACUCUCGCGCUCCACAUUGUAUGUCCGAGCAGAGGAAACAGCUUCCCUUCUCCAAAAUGGGCUGCAUUGGUUGUUACAGUUGCUGCUGCAGACUCCGCGGUUUCGCCGUUCUCGUCCUCCUCUUCUUCGUCACCGGUUCGAGCCAGCUGACCGAAGGGAGAGCAGCUAUCCAAUUCUCAGGACCCUCCAAGGGAGCAGCUGGCAGGGAGACGGCUAUAGCAAUGAUCGAGAGAAUCGGGUCGACGCCACCGAGAUGCGACAGGAAGUGCAGCUCGUGCGGGCACUGCGAGGCAAUUCAGGUCCCCAUGAAUCCUCAGGGGAGCAGGCCAUCAGGGGAUGGAGAAAAUUACGCUAGCCAGUUCGCAGUUGGAGAGUACUAUUCCAGAGACAGGGGAGAUGAUGACAGUUCGAACUACAAGCCCAUGAGUUGGAAGUGCAAGUGCGGGAAGUUCAUCUUCAACCCAUAAAGAGAUCUCUCGAGGAGGGGAGGGCGUUAGUUCCAUCACAUGGAUGUCCUAACUAGAAACAAGAAUCAGGCCGAGCUGGGUCCAAUCGGAUGGAAACUGAUGGAGUUGAUCAGAAUUGGAUCAGGGUAUGGUGAGCCGUUUAUGGUCUCCCGCAACCCUCCAGGUCUAACCCUUCUUUUCAUGUCUCGAGUAGUCAGAGAGAGAGUACAAGGCAGAGCCCAUCCAAGGGACGGUGCUCAGCCGGAGCCAAAUGCUCCACCAUGGAAGAAAAUUAGUCCUGGUCAGGAGAUAGGCUGGAACUUUUCCGUGGAGUAAUUUUCAUUUAACUUCUCCAUUUUGCUUUUUGUAUGAUUUGUAAUAUAUACCAGUAGAAAAUUGUUCAGCAGAAUAGUAAUAGCAGAAGGUAGUAAUGUGACCCCAAGUUUCUCGAGUCUUCUGGAAAAUGUGGUCGAAAUGGCACCCAAGUCGACCAAUGGUUCAUGCACGAUAUUUCGAAGAAGAUCAGAGUUUAAGUAGUAUAACAGAAAGACAAGGAAUUGAACUUACACUUUGUUCUCCUGGUGUUGAACCUUCACACGAGUCUCCAGCUAUAUCAAUUAUCACAAGAGAAACUACCUGAAUUUCACAGCUA